AUGUCUCUCAACGGCCCAGUCUCAGUCCAACUCAGGUUCCUCGACCCCCCGAAAGACGGCUCAAUCCCGCACGCCGUAGUCCCUCCCUCAGGACGACCACAGGAGAACUACAGCGCUAUCGAGCACCAGGUCCAACUCUCAGACGUCCGCGACCAUGAGAGCGAAUACAACCUCGACAAAGACGCCUUCCAGGUAAUCCAAGGCGUUCCAUCCGCCAUGACCUACGAGUCUUGGGACUCCGACCAAACCGUCAAAUCAACUUACUACCCCGAGGUCGAGGACCUCCUAUUCAAGAACGUCCCUGGCGCACAGAAAGUCCUCAUCUUCGACCACACAAUCCGGAGAUAUAACCCCGAGUCAAACAGGCAACCGGCUGUAUUCGCACACAUCGACCAGUCGCCCCAUGCCGCGGAACAGCGCGUCCGCGAGCACGUCACGGACCCCGAGGAGGCUGAGAAACUACUCCGCGGUCGACACAGGAUUAUUAACGUCUGGCGCCCAUUGAAUGGAAAAGUUGAAUCCAUGCCCCUGGCCCUGGCCAGUGCGGCGACUGUUUCUGUGAAUGACCUCAGUGUCAUUGAGCGGCGGUACCCGCACUACACGGGCGAGAUGAUGGGCGUCAAGUUUAACCCUAGCCAGCAGUGGUCGUAUUGGUCGGGUGUUGAUGACGAUGAGCGCAUCUUGAUUAAGUGUGCGGAUUCGCGUGAGGAUGUUGCGAGGCGAGUGCCUCAUUCGGCGUUUGUGGAUCCGAGGUCCACGGAGGAGUCGAAGCCUAGGGAGAGUAUUGAGGUUAGGGCGUUGGUGUUUGGGUAG